GUGUGAAGGGGGGGCCCGGGGGGCGGGUCCCUGUGCCGCUGACGUCCCGAGCAGUGCUGGGAAGUAUAGGCUGUGUUGUCACGCCGGUGUCAGUCUGAUGAAGAUUGGCAUCAGGUGAACUCUGGAGCAGGACUCUGAAGCUUUCUGUCCUCCAUGCCGCUCACUAGAAAAGGGGCUGUGAACUGUGUUUUGUCUGUAGCUGACAGGAAGAAUUUCUGGCCCAGCUGGAAGUGAGUCUCCUGAGGACCAUCCCAGAGGCUGCAGGGAUCACCUGAACAUAUGCCAGGAUAAGGGCCGGAUCUGUUAUGGUGAGAUUGGGCCCCAACUCCAAAGGACCCUGCCCAGGAUUUUAUCCUCCAUGUGAAUCAAUCCCAUGAUGCAACAUGCCUCCCCAGCCCCAGCUCUGACGAUGAUGGCCACGCAGAAUGUCCCUCCCCCACCCUACCAGGACAGCCCGCAGAUGACAGCAACCGCCCAGCCACCCGCCAAGGCCCAGGCUGUCCAUAUCUCGGCACCCUCAGCUGCUGCCAGCACACCUGUGCCCAGUGCCCCUAUCGACCCCCAGGCCCAGCUGGAGGCUGACAAGCGAGCUGUUUACAGGCACCCUCUUUUCCCGCUCCUGACGCUGCUGUUUGAGAAAUGUGAACAGGCCACGCAGGGCUCUGAGUGCAUCACCUCCGCCAGCUUUGACGUGGACAUCGAGAACUUUGUCCACCAGCAAGAGCAGGAGCACAAACCCUUCUUCAGCGAUGACCCAGAACUGGACAAUCUGAUGGUGAAGGCAAUCCAGGUCCUGAGAAUCCACCUGCUGGAGUUGGAGAAAGUCAACGAACUCUGUAAGGACUUUUGUAACCGUUACAUCACCUGCCUCAAAACCAAGAUGCACAGUGACAACCUGCUCAGGAACGACCUCGGGGGCCCCUACUCCCCAAACCAGCCCUCCAUUAACCUUCACUCACAGGACCUCCUGCAGAAUUCCCCCAAUUCCAUGUCUGGAGUCUCCAAUAACCCCCAGGGAAUUGUGGUCCCAGCCUCAGCGCUCCAGCAGGGCAACAUCGCCAUGACAACCGUCAACUCACAAGUUGUGUCAGGUGGAGCCUUAUACCAACCGGUUACCAUGGUAACCUCCCAGGGUCAGGUGGUCACCCAAGCAAUCCCCCAGGGAGCCAUCCAGAUCCAGAACACACAGGUUAACCUUGACCUCACCUCCCUCCUGGACAAUGAGGACAAGAAGUCCAAGAACAAACGAGGAGUGUUGCCCAAGCAUGCCACCAAUAUAAUGCGCUCUUGGCUCUUCCAGCAUCUCAUGCACCCCUACCCCACGGAGGAUGAGAAGAGGCAGAUCGCAGCCCAGACCAACCUCACCCUCCUGCAAGUAAAUAACUGGUUCAUCAACGCCCGGAGGCGCAUCCUGCAGCCCAUGCUGGAUGCCAGCAACCCAGACCCUGCCCCCAAAGCCAAGAAGAUCAAGUCUCAGCACCGGCCCACCCAAAGAUUCUGGCCCAACUCCAUUGCUGCGGGGGUCCUGCAGCAGCAGGGUGGUGGCCCGGGGACAAACCCCGAUGGCUCCAUCAACUUGGACAACCUACAGUCCCUGUCCUCAGACAAUGCCACCAUGGCCAUGCAGCAGGCAAUGAUGGCCGCACAUGACGACUCAUUGGAUGGCACAGAAGAGGAUGAGGAUGAGAUGGAAGAAGAGGAGGAAGAGGAGCUGGAGGAGGAGGCCGAUGAGCUGCAGACGACGAAUGUCAGCGACCUGGGCUUGGAACACAGUGACUCCCUGGAGUAGCCAGGCAGCCCAGACGCACUGACCACCAAGCAGGAGAGGAGCAUUGUCGGGAGGGCUUCAGGGUGGGGGGGAAGGGGAUACGGGUAGGCAGCACCAAGGGAGUUGGGCCCUCGCUUCCCAAAAUCAGCAGCUUGAAGUACAGAGGAGACACCCUGUUCCUUCCCCACCACCAGGCUUCCGUGAGCACCCCAGCCCACUGCCCUGGAACCACAGAGGACUCUGUUUGGCAGGGCCAGUCAAGCAGCCUGCAUGGAAAGACAGGAGAGAUGUCUGGACUCACCACAUCUCUGAGGACAGAUGGCAACCAUGGGCCCCACCCGAGGACUUGCGUUGCUCACAAGCCCUGCCCUGUGCGGUGGAUCCGUGCUGUUUACAGAGGGGGCCUUUGCGGGGGGACAGACUUAGGAGGAAGCUCCUCUGAUAGACAUUCAAGGGCAGGAAGGAGCUGUCUCUGGGCACAGCACUGUGGACUUGGGCAAAGGGAUGGCGGCCGGCAGAGCAUCCUUCACUCCAUCAUGGAAAUGGAUUAUAAGCUGGUGGCUCAGCCUGCAGGAGGAUAAGAGGAGUCCCUUCAUCUGGCAUGGCUCCAGGAGCCAAAGAAAUGACAGACCCUAGGCCAGGAGCCAUAUCAAGGUGACCCUGUACAGAACUCAGCUCCUGUAACAGGACAGGGGUGUCCCACCCUAGAUGUUCCUGCCCUCAGAUGGAGCUCCUUAGAUGUUCCACCCCCUUCAGGGCCUGCAGAGAGGGUGGAGCCAGGCUAGCCGGGAAUCCUUCCACUAUCCAGAGGCCGCCCCUCUGCCCCAGGUGGGCUCCGUCAGCCUCCAGCCUCCCUUCUUCAUUCUAUCCUUCAGAGAAGGCAGAACAUUGCAAAGAAGCAUCUAGCCCACAGGGAAGCCAGGGGUUGGAGAAGGUGCUACAACCCUGUUCCCAUCAAUAUCCAAAUGUGAGGGAGGGUCCAGAGAGAUGGCACCCUGGAGCCUGGGGGGUGCCUCACCCCAUCCGCCUUGCUGUUCCCCACUCCACCACCCACAGCACUGCAGGAGUGGGGGCUCCCGGGAGGAGGCCGCAGCUUUCUACUCUCUGCCCUGUCAUACCCUCUCACCUCAACUUCCAGAACCCCCUCCUGGCACCCCCCCCCCAGCCUACCCAACCCCCUCUCACCCCUAUGGCUGUGAAUGACAGGACUGACCACACGUGUGUUUUUCAUUGGGUUUAAUUUAAGGGACAUGCGGUUUCAUUUGUAAAUUGUGCAUUAGCCAUCUCCUUCAGUGGCAGGAUGUGAGUGGCUACCUGCCUCACGUGGAGGGGACCCUCUGGCUCUCUGGGGCCUCCCCUCCUUCACCUGGUUGGGUGGAGCAAAAGGACAGUCGCUUUCCUGAGGUCUCCCUGAAAUGAAUGUAUUUCUCCCCCAAAAGAGCUGAUAUUUAAUGUUUUAAUAGGGAUUUUUGAGAAACAAAUAACCUUAUUUAUAAUCUGGGUGAUCCAAUCAUUUUUUAUUCCCUUUUGAUGCCAUAGGUCAAGGAAAGUCUAGCUUUUUUGCGUGAGACUUUUGCAAUGUGCGGUGGGGUAAAUGCAUUUCCUCUUCUGGUUUAUUUUCCUUGUUGAAACACACACACCCCCUUCCACUGACCACCCUGACCGGGGUCCCCAACACAGGCACACCCGCACACACGUGCCCACCUUUCUUCCUCCCAGCCCCCUUCACCUGCCUAAUGUUAUGCAACCUCCUUCUGAUGUAUCCACCAAACCAGUACUGAAUGUGGCCGAGAAGUUUUCAGUAAAUCUUAUUACCUACC